CUCGUACCAGACCGUUUAAAAACCCGUAGUGUUCGUUAGAAAUUGAAACGAGCGUCGUAACAGUGAAAAAUGUCUACUAGUGGUGUGCUACUUUUCACGGUGCUGCUGAUGGGAUAUAUCUUCUGGUCGCUCGCCCAACCGACAAACAUACUACAAAUCCGUUGCAAAAUGACCCCAGCAGUACUGGACCCUCAACUGUGUAAAUAUGGUUCCCACAUCAGCUACUGUAAGAAGUUGGCUUGCAAGCAGGGUCCGGGACAACCGUGUGGCAACGAUCGGGACUUGAAAGUCAAGUAUGGCGAGUGCGCCGAAGGGCUCGAUUGCUGUAACGGCAAGUGCCAAGGGUGCUAUAUGGACGAGUGCCACGGGGAUUCGUGCAACCCGAUGGUCAUGAACCAGUUUAUCAAACGUCACUACCGUGCGUCCUCCCCAGCCGAUUCGCUGUACGCCGGAGUCAUUUUCGAUUACUUUAACCAUUAA